AUGGAAACCUUAAACAUCAAGAGCCGCCGCUGCGACCUGGCCGAGCUGCGGACCCUCAAGGCCAUCAACUCCGUGCCCACCCGGGCCGUGAAGUGCUCGCUCAUCUCCAAGGCGGACCUGGAGGCUCUCUGCACCUCCUGCAAGAGCCUCGGCCCCCGCCGGAGGAAGAGGAGGAGGAGGAGGAGGAGGAAGAGCAGGAGAAGGGAGCAGCUGCUGCUGCAGGACCCCGGGGAGUUCUUCCCCUGCCCGCGGCCCCCGCUCUGCAGAAGCGGCGGCUGCUGCGGUUCCUCCGGCCGGGCCCUGCCUCCCGCCGGCCCGCAGCCCCCGCAGCCGGCUCGGGGCGGCUUUUUUGGGGCUGUCCCCGCCGCAUCUCCCCGAGCUCCGCAGCUGUCGCACCCCUCCGCCGGGGGAGGGCCGCGCUGGCCCCAGGGGCUGGCCCAGCACGGAGCGGGGCCGGCGGCCGCCAGGAAGAGCCGGUCCUGCGGCUCGGCCGCCUCCGAGCGCCAGGGAACCUCGGCCGGUUACUCCAGCGACUCGGAUUCCAGCCUGGACCUGGCCGCCUCCAGCCCCGCCACCUCCAGCGACUCCUCGGAGGAAGAGGAGGAGGAGGAGGAGGAAGAGGAGGAGGAGGAAGGGGACAGCUCGUGCAGCAGCGAGGAAGGCAGCUCCUCGGAGUCGGAGAGCAGCUCGCUGUGCAGCGGGGACUCGGUGCAGAGCACGCGGUACCGGCAGGCGGCCCUGCCCCGCUUCCAGCCCCCGCGGGAGCCGCUCGGGGAGGAGCGGCCGGCGGAGCCCCCCCCGGGCAAAGCGCCGCGCCCGGAGCCCCCCGAGCCGCUGCUCUUCCUCCCGCAGCACCUCUGGGCUCGCACCUUGAGAGCCUCAACUUUGGAAAGUUUGAGCUCGGCCGAGGCGCCGGGGGCUCAGCCGGGGCUGGACGAGGCCUCCCCUGCCUCCUCCUCCUCCUCCUCCUCCUCCUCCUCCUCCUCCUCCUCCUCGCCCCCUCCCUCCCCCAGCGGCACCCCCGGGGGGGCCCCGCCACAAAAGGAGCUCGGCUUCGGCGGCUCCGGAGGGAAGGAUUUGCACAAAGAUGCCUCCAACAAAAGCUCCGCCUCGGAGCGAGCCGGCACAACCUCUCCGGGCCCGGAGCCUUGCCCAGAACCCACCCCGGAGCUUCGCGGGAGCCGCGGCCCCGCUGCCCCCGGAGAGCCCCGGCCGGAACAUUUUGACCGCUUGAUCCGUCAAUCCAAGCUGUGGUGCUACGCCAAAGGUUUCAACCUGGACGGGAAAAGUUUGAGGAGCUGCGAAGGGAGCCCGGAACCUUGGAGGGGAGCGGAGCUGCGUUUCCAAGCCCGAGGAGCAGCGCGGAGCCGCCAGGAAGGCAACGCCAAACGCCGGCGCCUGUCCCGGGCGAGCGAGAGGCAGCGCGGCGGCUCCUCCAAAAGCGCUCCCAAAACCCCCCGGAGGAACCCCAGGAAAGGAAACGCCGCUCCCUGCAAACCUCGGAAUUCCUUCAGCCUGAUGGGUAACUUCCCCUGCACGCCCUCGCUGGUGGUGGGAGAGGACGGGGAUCUGCGCCCGGCUUCUUCCCUCGGGGGCAAAAACUCGUGGGCGCUGUCCAAGACUCACCCGCUGUGGCGUUGGCACCUGGGGGGCAGCGCCAUCCCCGUGCCCCCCAGCCUCAAAUUCCGCGGCUGCGGAAGCCUGGAGGGUCCCUGAGGAGCGCGGGAGAGGAGAGGAGAGGA